GCGCGCUAUUUUGCCUAUUUGUUGCUUGUGUCCCAUCGCAGCUUGAGAAUUUGUUUUUGCUCUGAUUUAUAAUCGGAUUGUUUCAGCAAUAUUUUCAAUAUAUUUUUACAAACACCUGUGUGGCAUUGAGUUUUAAUACAAAAUUGUAGGAUCUAGUGAGUUUUAGCUUGUUUAUUAUUAAUAGUUACAGCAAAUAUGGCAGAUGAAGACCAGCGCCUUCGUGAUAUACAGAGAGAAUAUCUCGACUUCCUGGAUGAUGAGGAAGAUCAAGGGACAUAUAUGAGCCAUGUCCGUAAGAUGAUAACUGACGGUACAAAGCGUCUGGUGGUAAAUGUGAACGACAUUCGUCGAAAAAACCCGGCCAGAGCCCAGGCAUUACUAAAUAGCGCUUUCGAUGAGCAGUUGGCCUUUUCGCGAGCACUGAAGGAAUAUGUGUCCACGGUUGACCCUACUUAUGCUAAAACGCAGGAGGAGUUUUUCGUCGCGUUCGAGGGAAGCUUCGGUAACAAGCACGUUACUCCUCGCUCACUCACUUCCAGCUACUUGGGAAACCUGGUCUGCGUGGAGGGUAUCGUAACGAAGGUCUCGCUUAUCAGACCAAAGGUGGUGAAAAGUGUACAUUAUUGCGCAGCUACCAAGAAAGUUAUGGAACGUCGCUACACGGAUUUAACUUCAUUUGAAGCGGUUCCUUCGAGUGCUGUAUAUCCGACUAAAGACGAUGAUGGUAAUCCGUUAGAGACGGAAUUUGGCUUAUCGGUGUACAAAGAUCACCAAACGUUGAGUAUCCAGGAAAUGCCAGAAAAGGCUCCCGCUGGUCAACUGCCGCGGUCGGUUGACGUAAUUUGUGACGAUGAUCUCGUCGACCGCUGUAAACCUGGUGAUCGAGUACAGAUUGUCGGUAAUUAUCGGUGCCUGCCUGGAAAGCAGGGUGGAUACACCACUGGAACGUUCCGAACUGUUUUAAUUGCAAAUAAUGUUUCUCAGUUGAAUAAGGAGAGCACCCUGAAUGUUACCAGAGAGGAAAUUAAUUUAUGCAAAAAGUUGGCUAAAAACAACGACAUUUUUGAGCUGCUAUCUAAGAGUUUAGCUCCUUCAAUCCAUGGUCAUGAAUACGUCAAGAAAGCAAUCCUUUGCUUAUUACUGGGUGGGAUUGAAAAGAACUUAGCCAAUGGAACCAGGCUGCGAGGGGAUGUCAACGUUCUGCUUAUCGGCGAUCCUAGUGUCGCAAAAUCUCAGCUCCUUCGCUACGUAUUAAAUACUGCUCCUCGUGCCAUCACAACUACCGGACGUGGUUCGAGCGGUGUUGGUCUUACAGCUGCUGUCACUACGGAUCAAGAAACUGGAGAGCGUCGUUUGGAAGCCGGGGCUAUGGUGCUAGCUGAUCGAGGCGUCGUCUGUAUUGACGAGUUCGAUAAGAUGAGUGACAUUGAUCGGACGGCCAUACACGAAGUGAUGGAACAGGGCAGAGUUACAAUUUCGAAAGCCGGUAUUCAUGCAGCUCUAAAUGCCAGAUGUUCGGUUCUAGCGGCGGCCAAUCCUGUUUACGGAAGGUACGAUCAGUAUAAGACACCAAUGGAAAAUAUUGGACUGCAAGAUUCGCUACUUUCUCGUUUUGAUUUGCUGUUUGUUAUGCUUGACGUAAUUGAUAGUGAUCAUGAUCGAAUGAUUUCCGAUCACGUGGUUAGAAUGCAUCGUUACCGAAAUCCGAAAGAACAAGAUGGAGACGUGCUUCCGAUGGGAGUUAGUGCAGUCGAUAUGCUAUCGACGAUUAACCCCGAAAGUCGUGAUGAUAAGGAAACUCCGAUGUAUGAAAAGUACGAUCCAUUGUUGCAUGGAACUACUCGCAAGCGUACGGAUCAAAUUCUAUCGAUGGAAUUCAUGCGCAAAUAUGUACACAUUGCCAAAUGCUUGAAACCGAAACUGACGGAGGGAGCUUGUGAACUCAUUUCGAACGAAUACUCUCGUUUGCGUUCACAAGAUCUGAUGGAUUCGGACGUUGCCCGAACACAGCCCGUUACAGCUCGUACAUUGGAAACACUUAUUCGUCUAUCUACUGCUCAUGCCAAGGCAAGAAUGGCACGAGCCGUGACCGAGAAGGAUGCCCAAGCGGCUAUAGAGUUGAUCCAGUUUGCCUAUUUCAAGAAGGUUCUUGAGAAGGAAAAGAAAAAGCGUAAACGAACGGAAGACGGCUCAGAUGACGAGGAGGAGCAACAGGAUGAGGACGUAGAUGAACAAGAAACUCCCAAUAGCCAGAGCACCCGGGCCAGUCGUCGGACAAAACGUACUCGUAUUGAAGAUCGUGAUGAUUCGGACACGGAAGAGCUGGUAUCGACCGUUCCGGAUGCUGGGGAUCUCACGAAACGCACUUCCAUCUCAGCAAGUGCUGCCGGUCCAAGUGGAGCUACUUCUUCAAUGCCGAUGGAAACUGAUUCCGAAGUUGAGGUAAUUUCUGACGAUCGGUUCAAAAUAUUCAAGCAAGGAGUGCACCAGGCAUUCCGCCAGGCACGCGAGCAAUCUAUUGCAUUGGUUCGGCUGACAAAAAGUAUCGACGAAAACAGUGGAACGGAAGCUUUUAGCCAGGGUGAAGUACGAGCUGCUAUCACAAGAAUGACUGACGACAACCAGAUUAUGAUGCACGAUGAUAUAGUCUUUUUGAUCUAGAUUUGCUUGUUACGAUUACUCGAUCUAAAAUGUUUGUGUACCUUUUUUGUCAUCAUUAUUUUACAUUUAAAAUAAACUGCGGUUUUCAUAUA